AACCGGGAACGCCAACAUGUCUUUCUUCAACUUUCGGAAGAUAUUUAAGAUUGGCGGAGAGAAGAAGAAGAAGCAGUUUGAGCAUGUGAAGAAAGAUGUGAACCCUGAGGAGAUGUGGGACAUCGUUGGCGAGCUCGGUGAUGGGGCAUUUGGCAAGGUUUACAAGGCACAGAACAAACAGACCGGUGUCCUCGCUGCUGCAAAGGUGAUUGAAACAAAGAGUGAGGAGGAGCUGGAAGAUUACAUUGUGGAGAUUGAUAUCCUAGCAUCCUGUGAUCACCAUCAUAUCGUCAAGCUGCUUGAUGCAUUUUACUAUGAAAACAAACUGUGGAUCCUGAUCGAGUUCUGCGCUGGAGGUGCUGUGGAUGCAGUCAUGUUGGAGUUGGAGAGACCACUGACUGAGCCCCAAAUCAGAGUGAUCUGCAAGCACACGCUGGAAGCAUUGAACUACCUGCACGAUAACAAAGUGAUCCACCGAGACCUCAAGGCUGGGAACAUCCUGCUCACCAUGGAGGGGGACGUGAAGCUAGCUGACUUUGGAGUCUCAGCAAAGAACAGCAGGACGCUGCAGCGAAGGGACUCCUUCAUUGGGACACCUUACUGGAUGGCCCCUGAGGUGGUGAUGUGUGAGACAUCGAAGGACAAGCCCUACGAUUACAAGGCAGACAUCUGGUCGCUGGGUGUCACUCUAAUUGAGAUGGCCCAGAUGGAGCCUCCGCAUCAUGAGCUGAACCCUAUGAGAGUGCUGCUGAAAAUCGCUAAAGCUGACCCCCCCACCCUUGCUCAGCCUUCUCGGUGGUCUCCUGAGUUCAAUGACUUCCUGAAGAAGGCAGUGGAGAAGAACGUGGAGCAGAGGUGGUCGUGCCAGCAGCUGCUACAGCAUCCAUUUGUGGCAAACGUCAAUAGCAAUAAGCCAGUGAGGGAGCUGAUCGCAGAGGCAAAGGCAGAGGUAACGGAGGAGAUUGAGGAGAGCAAGGAGGAUGAAGAGGAGGAAGAUUCAGAAAGUGCUGCGGCUCUGCCGGGACAUAAACGUGCCCCUUCGGACAUCAGCACAGCCAGUUCUGAGGAUGAGAAACUCUCCCAGUCUCCGUCGAUCCUUGAGUCUGUCUCUGAGAAAAUGGAGACAGAGACAACAGAGGAAAACGCAGACAAGGGCAGUGACAAGCUAUCGGACGAGGGCAUUGGCACCAGCGAAAGUGAGAAGCCCGAGAGUGAUAGGAUGAUGGAGAAUAAUGCUUCUGAUACCAGUAAUGAAGAGCUGCAAGUAGGCAAUGAGAACAUGGACCCUGACACCACAAAGCCUGCCUCGUCUGAGGAGAAGCCCAAGGUCGAGGAACCCAGUGCGGAGGUCCCAGGGGCUGAGAGUAGCACUGAAGAGCCUCCCAAGGAAAGUGAGGCAUGUGAGGAUGUUAGAGAACCCAAGGAGGAUAAGGACCCAGAGCCAGAGGGGGGGAAAGAAGGUGGAGAGGAAAAGAAAGUGGCAGUGAUCAAAGGAGGCAGUGAGGCAGAAGCUGUGAAAGGGGAUGAAGUGGCCAAGGCUGAACUGGCAGUGCGGGCAGACGAAGCAGCCAAGGAGGAAGGUGCCACUGUGGUGGAAGAUGUCAGCCUGAAACCAAGAGAGAGUGAAAUUACAGCAGGCCCAGGAAUGAGUGCUGGAGGUGGGGAACAGGAGGUGGCAGAGCUGAUUGUGAGUACUCCAGCUCUUCCAGCUGAAGAAGGAAAGCAGGAGAAGCAGUCUGAGGACCUGGCAGUGACCACCACACAGCCAGCAGACAUUGAGGGAGUUCCUCAGGCAGAGGCUGUAACUGAGAAUCGUGUAAAACCGGAGGACAUGACUGAAACGCGGGGUGAGGCCAAGGUCCAACCUGAAACCAGCCCGUCCUCAGUGGAGGUAGGGCUGAGCAGGGAGCUAAGUGAGACAGAGACUGCUGCUGGUACCAGUGUGAAGGAAGCUGAGAGUGCGAGUCCGGGGGAAGUGAAGCCAGAAACCACCUCUGAAAUCACUGACACUAUCGAGGAGAGAAAAGAAAACUUAGAGCCUGCUCCUCAAUCUAAGAGCACAAGUAAAGAGAAAGAGAGAGAUGCAGAUUCUGGCAGUGGUUCAAUGGCCGACAACAGCAGCAUCGAUCUGAAUCUGUCCAUAUCCAACUUCCUGUCUCGCAAUAAGGAAACUGGAUCCAUAUCGCUGCAGGAAAUGAGGCAGCAGAAAAAGACACUGAAGAAAACUCGGAAGUUUAUGGUUGAUGGUGUGGAGGUCAAAGUGACAACAUCAAAAAUCGUGACUGACAAUGACAAAAACAAUGAAGAAAUGAGGUACCUAAGGCGCCAGGAGCUACGUGAGCUGCGUCUGCUUCAGAAGGAAGAGCAACGUACACAGCAGCAACUCAGCAACAAGCUGCAGCAACAGCGCGAACAUAUCUUCCGCCGCUUUGAACAGGAGAUGACGAGUAAGAAGCGUCAGUACGACCAGGACAUUGAAAACCUGGAGCGGCAACAGAAGCAGACCAUUGAGCGCCUUGAACAAGAUCACACCACCCGGCUGCGGGACGAGGCAAAGAGGAUCAAAUCUGACCAGGAGAAGGAGCUGUCCAAGUUCCAGAGCAUGUUGAAAAAUCGCAAGAAGGAGGUUAAAAAUGAAGUGGAUAAACUUCCCAGAGAACAGAGAAAAGAGCAAAUGAAACGAAUCCGAGAGGAGCUCUCGCAGUCCUUGCAUGUUCAGGAGCAGGAGUUCCUGCAGAAACAGCAACAGGAGUUGGAUGGAGCACUGAAGAAAAUUAUCCACCAACACAAGCUGGAGCUUGCCACCAUUGAACGGGAGUGUUUGAACAACAAGCAGCAGAUGAUGCGAGCUAAGGAGGCGGCGAUAUGGGAGGUGGAGGAACGUCAUCUCCAGGAGAAGCACCAGCUCCUGAAGCAGCAGCUGAAGGACCAGUACUUCAUGCAGAGGCACCAGCUCCUGAAACGGCACGAGAAGGAAAUGGAGCAGAUGCAGAGGUACAACCAACGUCUUAUUGAGGAGCUGAAGAAUCGACAGACCCAGGAGAGAGCCAGGUUGCCCAAAAUCCAACGCAGCGAUGCCAAGACCCGCAUGGCCAUGUUCAAAAAGAGUCUGCGCAUUGGCUCCUCCAGUUCACCUGAACAGGAUCGGGAGAAGAUUAAGCAGUUUGCCAGCCAGGAGGAGAAGAGGCAGAAAAAUGAGAGACUGCAGCAGCACCAGAAACACGAGAACCAGAUGAGGGAUCUGCAGCUCCAGUGUGAUGCCAACAUCCGGGAGUUACAGCAGCUCCAGAAUGAGAAGUGUCACUUGCUGAUCGAACACGAGACCCACAAACUGAAGGAGGUGGAUGAGGAGCACUGUCAGGAGCUAAAGGAAUGGAGAGACAAGCUCAGGCCCAGGAAGAAGGCUUUAGAGGAAGAAUUUGCUCGCAAGCUACAGGAGCAAGAAGUCUUCUUCAGGAUGAGCGGGGAGUCAGAAUGCCUCAACCCAUCGGCACAGAGCCGUAUCUCCAAGUUCUACCCCGUCCCAAGCCUGCACUCCACGGGCUCCUAACCACUGGCUGUCCUGGUAAUCUUCCUCUUUCAGUAUAACAGAUACAUGUAGUAGUGCUGAUCCAGUAACCCACAGCAAGGGCUCUGGCUGCCUCUUUACCACCUUGGUUUGAAGACAAUCAGCAUGUGAGUGACUGCUUGGAUUGAAAUCUCUCACCUUAUGGGACUGCUCAUGUUGAGAGGCCCUGGAUAAAUUGUGUGACUUCAUUUGCUGCCAAUCUGAUGAACAAGCCUUUGGUGUGGUUGUAUCACACGUGGCUCCACUCGAUUCACCUGUAACACUCUUCACUGCCCUGUAACCACAGGGAGAGGAGCUGCUGGCCUGCACUGAGCCACAGCAGCUCUCCGAGAUAUGUGCUGCACACCGGUGGGCAGCGUGUGAUGGGACCCCUGGGAAUGGGCUAUCACAGGGCUCAGUGCAUGUCUGGUGGCUUCCAUCAGUUUAAGGCUUCAGUUUGUGUUCAAGAUUUCUGCAUCAUUCUGAGCAAACUAAGAGAACCUGGGGCUUUAAGAGUCCCUCACCUGUGACUAGCAUUUAUUCCAGUCAGUUACUUGCACAGUUGGAAUUGAGGUGCUGAGGAGCUCCUCCGGGACAAGGUACCUGCCUGCGGCCGAGCACUGCUCAGUGCUGAGUGGUGUGGACAGAAGGCGUUGGCGCUGGGUGGGGGCCCCCAGACAGGUGACAGGUUCGUGCAGGACCUGUGUCAACAUUUACAAGUGUGGGUGAUGGUGGUGUAAGGCAGUUCAGCACUAAACACAGACUCUCCGGAACCUGCUCCGCCUUGUGAAAUGGGACGAGCUUCCUGAUGACAUCAGCACCCCAAACCCCACAUGUAGUCUGUGCACCCACCAACUGUCUGUCAGCAUGGGGUCCCUUACAGUCUGUGCACCUACCGGCUGUCUGUCAUCAUGGGGUCCCUUACAGUCUGUGCACCCUCCGACUGUCCGUCAUCAUGGGGUCCCUUACAGUCUGCACCUUCCGACUGUCUGUCAUCAUGGGGUCCCUUACAGUCUGCACCCUCCGACUGUCUGUCAUCAUGGGGUCCCUUACAGUCUGCACCCUCCGACUGUCUGUCAUCAUGGGGUCCCUUACAGUCUGUGCACCCACCGACUGUCUGUCAGCAUGGGGUCCUUUACAGUUAGUGUCCAAAUGGAUUUCAGUCAACUCCUGGUAAAAGUGAAGCUGUGUGCUGCGUCCCCUGUGAGGUGGGGGAGAGGCAGGGGGCAGGGUGUCUGGUACAGAGUGAGGCAGGGAUGGGGUUGCCGGCAGGGCUGAGGCAGUAGAGAAGCACUGGGAUAGCCAAGUGUCACUGCGGCUCGUGGUUCGCAAGGUCAUGGUUUCAGCUCCACUACAUUUAAUUAACUAACCUAGACUUCAUUAUUAAACUAUCAUUUGAUUUAACUAAAGGAUCAUCAUUCCACUAAACUAAAUCACCAUCACUUCAUUUUCUUAUUCAGUCAUUUGUGGGACGUAAACAUUGCCGGCAAGAGCAGCAUUUAUUGCCCACCCCUAACUGCACGUCUUCAGCUGCUCCUCCUCCUGCAGAAGGGGCUCCCACCUGCCAUUGCUGAUGAUGUUGCCAUUUCACCUGUUGCCUUUGUUGUUGGUGGGAGAGGUCGUGGCCUGGGAGUGGCCGCGGUGGGUAACCGCCGCGCACGGUUCACUCUGCAGCCACUGUGUGCCGGUGCUGGAGGGAGAGAAUGUUUGAGGUGGUGGAUGGUGUGCCAGUCACUUUACCUAAAUCAUCAUCACUACAGUACAUUUGACUAAGUAGCCAUCACUGAGUAAUAACAUAACCAUCACUACAUUAUUAAACCAUCACUCGAUUUGGUGGUCAGUGAAUUGCUAAAUAACCGUGACAGCGUACAAAGUAAAUGAGUUUGAGGUGCUUUGAAGGAUGUCUGAUGUGAUGAAGUCCUUCAUUUCUGUUCACAGGACAGAGGGGGCUGAGGUUCGGCAGUUAAGUGAGUCCUGCCCUACCCCACGUUAGUUAACAACUCUACUUUUGCUUGAAUGGAAGUUGCCCGUGGAGUUUCCGUGUGGUGUAAGCUUUAACGUGACCAACAACCCAUCUGGUGCAGUCCCCAAUGUCCAUAUCACCCCCGACCCUUCACCUCGGUGUGAGGGUUUACCUCUGACCCUUCACCUCAGUCUGUGGAAGAACCCAUUGUGUGAGGAAUUCACUACAGGUAUUACCUACUCUAUCACAGACACUAUAUGCCUAGGUUAUUCUAAUGGAUGAAAUGUUGUUCUGACGUAUUUCUCCGUGUGUGGUAAAGUCGAGAGCUGUACACCCCUUCCCCUGGAGUGUGUGGGCUCUUGCUGAGUGGGAGAGUGUGAAGCUGCUGAGUUUAGAUCUCCAUGUACACAUGUUAAUCUGUGUGAAUGAUUUGGGACAUUGGUACUGUAAAGGUGAUCACACAAGGCAUCUGAUGGCAAGGAAACCAUCUGGGCUCCCUUCCUGUACAUGAAGAGCACAGUCCAACCCAUCUCAGAAUGGAGUCUUCUAAAGCUCUCACCACUGAUGCACCUACGAGUUACCAUCUGUGGCACACGUGUGGCAGUCCCACGUGUUUAUGGUCAGAUGCUACUCAAAUGCCAUCUGCCUCAUGAGGACUCAUUUUGCUGACCAGUCUGCCUCAGUGGUUUCCUUGCUCAGCACAAAUGAAGUAGGAUUAGUUACCAUGGGGCCUUUCCAGAUUUGAGGGAGAGAGAGAGAAUUAAAGCUGAAUACUGUUCCCAUGCUCUGUCGUGCUGUUCCACUCACUACUCAUACUUUGUACACCUCAGUCAGGACCCUCUCAGCCUCCUCCACUCCAAGGAAAACAAACCCAGUAUCUCCUCACAACUGAAAUGCUCCAUCCCAGGCAACGGGCUGGUGAAUCUCUCCAACACUAUCCCAGCCUUCCUAUAGAGUGCCGACCAGAACCGCACAUGGGGCUCCAGCUGUGAGAUGAGAUGAGAUUUCUUUAUUAGUCACACAUACAUCGAAACACACAGUGAAAUUCAUCUUUUUGCGUAGUGUGUUCUGGGGGCAGCCCACAAGUGUCGCCACACUUGCGGCACCAACGUAGCAUGCCCACAACUUCCUAACCUGUAUGUCUUUGGAAUGUGGGAGGAAACCGGAGCACCCGGAGGAAACCCACACAAGACAUGGGGAGAACAUACAAACUCCUUACAGACAGCAACUGGAAUUGAACCUGGGUCGCUGGCGCUGUAAAGCGUUACGCUAUAACUGCUACACUACUGUGGCUGCCUGUAGCCUGACAUACUCUCCUUGCUGUUGUAUUCCGUGCCCCCAAGUAUCCCGUACGCUGCCUUCACCUGUCUACCUACCUGUGCUGCUGCCUUCAGGAAUCCUUUGACGUACACCAAGCUGCCUUUGUCAGUACUUCCUAGGUGUGUGUCAUUCAUUGUGUGUGUCCCAGCUUAUCAGUCACCCCAUCCCUUCACACUUUUCAGGAUUAAAUUCCAACCUUCCUCUCUCUGCACAUAUUAUCAACGUUGUUCUGUAGCCGAAGGUUCCUUUCCUUGCACCACCAAUCUUCAUGUCAUCUGCAACCUUACUGCUCACACCCCCUAUGUUCAUACCCAGACAAUAAACAGUCAGGGUCCCAGCACUGACCCCACUAUACACCACUGAUCACAGGUAUCCAUCUACAACACCUCUCAAGCAGCACUCUCUGCCUCCUAUUACCAACCCAAUUUUGGAUCCAAUUUGUCAAAUUGCCUUGAAUCCCCUGGGUUUUACCUUUUGGACUGGUCUCCCAUAUGGGACCUUGUCAGAGACCUUCAGUAAAGUUCAGGUAGACUACAUCAACAUACUGCCCUCAUUGACGUGCUUGGUCACCUCAUUGGAAAAAAAUCAAUCUAAGUAUAGAGGAGCUUCACUCCAUGUCCAUCCUGUGCUGUCCCUGUACUUGGAAUAUGUGACAGGACAGUGUAGGGGGAGUUUUACUCUGUAUCCAACCCAUGCUGGGCCAGCUCUGGGAGUUCAUAAUGGGAUAGUGUAGAGGGAGCUUCACUCUAUAUCUGACCCAUGCAUUCCAUAUCCUGUAAGUCUGUAACAGAACAAUGUAGUGGGACCUUCACUUUGUACAUAGAACAGUACAGCACAGUAACAGGCCCUUUGGUCCACAGUGUUGUGCUGAACCAAUUACAUGAGUAAUAAAAUGUCCAACUGAACUAAUCCCCUCUGCCCACACAAUGUCCACAUCCGAGCAUUUCCCUCACAUUCAUGAGCCUGUCUAAGAGCUUCUUGAAUGCCCCUAUCGUAUCUGCCUCCACCACCACCCCAGGCACCCACCACUCUAUGUAUAUAAAAAAAAGCCCCUAUCACUUUAAAUGCAUGCCAUUUAGACAUUUCAACCCUGGGGAAAAGAUACCGGCUUUCUACUCUAUCUAUGCUUCUCAUAAUCUUGUAAACCUCUAUCAGGUCUCCCCUAAGCCCCCGCUGCUCCAGAGAAAACAACCCAAGUUUGUCCAACCUCUCCUCAUAGCACAUGGCCUCUAAUCCAGGCAGCAUCCUGGUAAACCUCUGCUGCACCCUCUCCAAAGCCUCCACAUCCUUCCUGUAAUGGGGCGACCAGAACUGAAUGCAACACUCCAGAUGCGGCCUAACUAAAGUUUUAUAAAGCUACAGCAUAACUUCCUAACUCUUGAACUCAGUGCCUCGACUAAUGAAGGUAAGCAUGCCCUAUGCCUUCUUUACCACCCUAUCAACCUGUGUAGCAACUUUCAGGGAGCUAUGGACUUGGACCCCAAGAUAUCUCUGCUCAUCAACACAGUUAAGGGUCCUGCCAUUAACAAUGUACUGUUUCUUUACAUUGGAUCUCUUAAGGUGCAACACUUCACAUUUGGCCGGGUUAAGCACCAUCUGCCAUUUCUCCACCCAUAUCUGCAACUGCUCUGUAUCCCACUGUAUCCUUUGCCAGUCUUCUACACUACCCACAGCACCACCAGUCUUCGUAUCAUCUGCAAACUUACUAACCCACCCAUCUACAUUUUCAUCCAGGUCAUUUAUAUACAUCACAAAUAACAGAGGUCCCAGUACAGAUCCCCGAGGAACACCACUCAUCAAGACCUCCAGCUAGAAUAAGUCCCAUCGACCACUACCCUCUGUCUUCUACGGGAAAGUCAGUUCUGAAUCCAAACAGCCAAUUCACCCUGGAUCCCAUGCACCUUAAUCUGUGUGAGCCUCCCAUGAGGGACAUAAUCCUGACCCUACCCAGUAGUGUUUGAUGGCAUCGAGUUGAGUCAGGUUUACACUUGCUAUUUUUCUCCCUCUCCUGGGAAUAUUUAAUAGGACAGUAUAGAGGACCUUUUCUCUCUACUAAUCUGUGCAGAUCCUGACUGGGAGUUCCUUUGCACCCCUAUCCUCCCCAGUCACGAGAAAUUAAAAUAAAGUUUAUCUUCCCUCUGCUGUAAAAAUAUGAACCUUUCCCCACUGACUGAAUGCUGAGUACAUUGAAAUAUGUUCUGGUCCAUGUUGACUAGGCUUCACCUGUAGACGUGGAAUAGGUUUCAUUGACAUAACAAUUGCACCAAACAAAAGUUGAAGUGUGUUUUCAGAAUGUUGGAAACUGGCUUCUGAACACUGUGUUUGUCAUUUACAAGACAAAGCAAGUGUACUGUUGCAACAUUUCCCACAAAAAGAUCACGUGAUCAUCUCCACAGUAUUGAUACAGAAUCUUGUUUUCCUUCUGAAUUCUUGGCUGUUCAGGAUCUGUAUUCCCCUCCAUCCUGCAGCUCGUCACUGAACUAAAUCUAACAUCAACCCCAACCAAACCAGAGGGUAAGAUCAUUGGUUAAUCACAUAUCCUGCCUCCUGGGCUGCCAGGAUGUUACUUAAACUGUCAACUAGUGUCUAUAUUUCUGAUUGUAACUAUAACACAUGAAGGCUUUGCUACAGCUUUAUAUAUUAAAUGUUUUAAUAUCUAGGGCUUCCUUUGUUAAAACCAUGAAGAAAACUUAUUUAUGUGGAUAUGAUGUUCUACAUAAAGUGAUUAUGAAACUUUAUGUGGAAAUAUUUACAAUUGUAAAUAAAAUGAUUGCAAAUGA